CCUCGUAUCCCACAGACGUCCAACAAAACAGUUCAACACCAGUACACCUCCAUUCAUCGCGGAGUCAAGACCUGCGCCGCUCUCCCCACGCCCCAAACCCUCGUAUCCUGUUGAGAAAUUAAACAUUAAUUAACAAAACUGUUGCUCCAUUUUUCCCUCGACUGCAAUUGGAACCCAUCAAUCAUAUCCAACGAGUGAAAUUCGUCAGUGCAAUCUGUGUUUAUUUAUUAUCAUUAUGACCGAGUAACAAUGCGUUCGGGCGAUCCUUGAGCCGUUAUUUAUCCGUAGAAUUCGUGCAACAUAGUCUCCCAGAGGGAAAAAUGAACAGUGCGGUGUAUGCCACUUCCUGUCCAGCUCUGCAGUCGAAUUUAUCACUGCACAGUUCGUCGCAUUACAGUGAUUACAGUGCUACGAGCCAGCGUAGAGAACGUCAUCAGAGACGUGGGCGUAGACGAUUGUCAUCGACGGGCGAUGCUGAUACCUCAGCAACGUCCAGCUAUGAGGGGAGCGAGGGGAGUUCGGUUAACAGUGAUGAUCAAACCAGGCUGGAUCCUGUUACGCAGGCCGAGAGGGAACAGUUGGAGGCGUUUUUUAGGGGACUAAAAUCUCAGGUCUAUGUGUGUGAGUCACUUGCCAAUUUAUAUCUCGGAAGUGCCUCACAAGCGCAGGGCAACUGGGAGCUACGAUUCACUGGCAUACCAAUUGUGGUACUGGACCUUGGGGAGACGAGAUCGAGAUCCAAACGACAGAUUCAGAUUUUACUCGCUGAGAGAGGAACCUGUUUCACAUUAUGGCGUGAAACUAUCGACAAUUUAUCGUCUUACAAAGUGUCGGGGCCGGCAUUUCACACAAUGUGCCUAUCCUCCGAUCACACAAGACUCGCGGGUCUGAGUUUCGACAACGCAAAGGCUGCAAACGACCUCUGGCAACACAUUGAACGUCUCGUCUCCUGUCCCGAGAACAUAAGCCUCUCAGUACCUGGUAAAAACAAAAAGAAAAACAAGAAACCCCCGGCAAAAAAAUUCGUGCUGCCGGCAAAAAGUAAUAUAAGUCAGCCCUGUCAAUUUCAUCACAUGACGAGUGUCGAUGCUGCUGACAGAUCACGAUACUUUUCCCUGCAGACACUAGUGCCAGCAUUGAAUCAACUGGAAAACUCGAUCGAAGCCACUUUCUAACGUUAAUUCCAAACGUCUAGAUAGAAGAUUUAAAAAAACACGAAUAUAUAUCCUCGUAUAUAUCUAAUCACCUGCAUCAUUUUUCCUGUUUACGAAAACAACUAGUUUUUAGAAGUUAGAUUGUACGUUAUUAAUGAUAUUUUAGAUGAAAAGUUUAAUGUUACAUUCUUGUCCACUGUGAUAUAAUAUAAAGUUAUAUCUUCUCUCCUAUCUGUUAAUUAUCAAUAAACAUGAAUUACCUGAAAUUAAUUGGAA